GGAGCAUCCGAGGCGGGGCCGGCCGCCGGGCCCGCUUCGCCGCCCAGCUGUGGAGCGCGCUCGGAAACUUUUGUCCGCCGCCCGCUGGACCAAUUUUUCCCGAGUUCUGGGGCUUCCCUUCCUCCUCCCAUCCCGGCUCGCAGCGCGGAGCCGGGGCCCGGGUGGGGGGGGGAGGGCCGGCGUCGAGGGGCAGGGGACCCAGUGCGCCCCCCCCCAACCCGGCCUCGGGCCCGGCCCCCGGCGCCCCCUCCCCACUCGCGGUCUCUUAGGAAACUGCGACCUUAAUGGUUGCUAAGGAGCAGGGGAGGUCCUUCCCGUCGCCGGCCCCCUCCCUGGGAAGCGGCGUGUUUUCUGGAAGGGGCCGAGGGUCGCGUCGAGGAUGUGGUGACUCGCUCCCCGGCCGCUCGCGGGGCCGGGCCAGGCGCGUUGCUUCAGCUCUGUGCUCCAGAGGUGGUAGCUUUGACGUGUGACCCUGCCCACGUCUGGGCUCCAGCCGCGCCAGCCCCUCAGUAAGGAGGGCCAGCUUGAUAAGACGACGAAAACAGUGUCAACAAGUGAUACAAGAGAAGAAAAAAAAAGAAGCGAACGCAGACUCCUUUCCUACUCCACGUGGAUGAUAGCUAUAGCAGGGGAAAGUCUCAUAGUGUAUCAGUUGGGGCAGAAAAUGGAGUUCUAUGACAGAGGCUUCUUAGAAGCUUAAACCUUUGACCCAAUGACGUCAAGUUCGCCCAUUGGCUUGGAAGGUUCAGACUUGUCUUCCGUCAACACCAUGAUGUCAGCGGUAAUGAGUGUAGGGAAGGUCGCCGAGAAUGGCGGGAGCCCCCAGAGCACCAAGUCCCCCACGAAGCCUCCAGGACCAAAUCGGAUUGGCAGAAGGAACCAGGAAACGAAGGAGGAGAAGUCUUCCUAUAACUGUCCCCUGUGUGAAAAGAUUUGCACUACACAGCACCAGCUAACCAUGCACAUCCGUCAGCAUAACACGGACACUGGAGGGGCAGACCAUUCGUGCAGCAUCUGUGGGAAGUCGCUGAGUUCGGCCAGCUCCCUGGACCGCCACAUGCUGGUGCACUCUGGCGAGAGGCCGUACAAAUGUACUGUGUGCGGCCAGUCAUUCACCACCAAUGGGAACAUGCACAGACAUAUGAAGAUUCAUGAGAAGGACCCUAACAGUGCUACAGCUACGGCCCCCCCAUCCCCACUGAAGCGCCGGCGGCUGUCCUCCAAGAGGAAACUGAGUCAUGAUGCCGAGUCAGAGAAGGAAGACCCAGCACCUGCUAAAAAGAUGGUGGAAGAUGGGCAGUCGGGUGACUUGGAGAAGGUCGAUGAAGUGUUUCACUGCCCCAUAUGCUUCAAGGAGUUUGUUUGCAAGUAUGGACUGGAGACCCACAUGGAGACCCACUCAGAUAAUCCACUAAGAUGUGACAUUUGCUGCGUAACCUUUCGAACACAUCGAGGACUGCUGCGGCACAACGCACUUGUCCACAAACAACUUCCCAGGGACUCCAUGGGAAGGCCUUUCAUUCAGAACAACCCUUCCAUCCCUGCUGGCUUCCAUGACUUAGGAUUCACUGACUUCUCCUGUAGGAAGUUUCCUCGAAUUUCUCAGGCCUGGUGUGAGACAAACCUACGAAGGUGCAUCAGCGAGCAGCACCGUUUCGUCUGCGAUACGUGUGACAAGGCGUUCCCCAUGCUCUCCUCGCUCGCCCUGCACAGGCAGACCCACGUCGCCACGGACCAGGGACGGGAAAGGCUGCAGGCCAAGACCCUGCCCGGGGACGCCCUGGACCAGAAGGUCUUCCUGGCCUUGCUGGGCCUGCAGCACACCAAAGACGCCAGGCCUGCCCCUGCCGAGGAGCCCUUGCCCGAUGACAACCAAGCAAUACAGCUCCAGACACUCAAGUGUCAGCUACCUCAGGACCCCGGCUGCACCAACAUGCUGAGUCUGUCUCCUUUCGAAGCUGCUUCCUUGGGCGGCUCUCUCACGGUCCUCCCGGCUACCAAGGACAGCAUGAAGCACCUGUCCCUGCAGCCCUUCCAGAAGGGCUUCAUCAUCCAGCCCGACAGUAGUAUUGUGGUCAAGCCCAUCUCUGGCGAGUCGGCCAUCGAGCUGGCUGACAUCCAGCAGAUUCUGAAGAUGGCAGCCUCCGCCCCCCCUCAGAUCAGUCUUCCGCCUCUCUCCAAGGCCCCUGCUGCCCCUCUGCAGGCCAUCUUCAAACAUAUGCCCCCUCUGAAGCCAAAGCCCCUGGUCACCCCGCGGACGGUGGUGGCCGCGUCCACGCCCCCGCCUCUCCUCAAUGCCCAGCAGGCCUCCCCGGGCUGCAUCAGCCCCAGCCUCCCCCCGCCGCCCCUGAAGCUCCUCAAAGGCCCCAUGGAGGCAGCCUCCAGUGCCCACCUGCUGCCGUCCCCGGCCGGAGCUCAGCCAGACACCGCCGCGCAGCUCUUCCUGCAGCAGCCGCGGGUGGACCUGCCGGGCCAGGCCGAGAUGAAGACGCAGCUGGAGCAAGAUAGCAUCAUCGAGGCCUUGCUGCCCCUGAGCAUGGAGGCCAAGAUCAAGCAGGAGAUAACGGAGGGGGACCUCAAGGCCAUCAUGACCGGGCCCGGCGGCAAGAAGACGCCAGCCAUGCGCAAGGUGCUCUACCCCUGCCGCUUCUGCAACCAGGUGUUCGCCUUCUCCGGGGUGCUGCGCGCCCACGUGCGCUCCCACCUGGGCAUCUCGCCCUACCAGUGCAACAUCUGCGACUACAUCGCCGCCGACAAGGCCGCGCUCAUCCGCCACCUGCGCACGCACAGCGGCGAGCGGCCCUACAUCUGCAAGAUCUGCCACUACCCCUUCACCGUCAAGGCCAACUGUGAGCGGCACCUGCGCAAGAAGCACCUCAAGGCCACCCGCAAGGACAUCGAGAAGAACAUCGAGUACGUGAGCAGCAGCGCUGCCGAGAUGGUGGACGCCUUCUGCUCCCCGGACACGGUGUGCCGGCUGUGCGGCGAGGACCUGAAGCACUACCGCGCGCUGCGCAUGCACAUGCGCACGCACUGUGGCCGCGGCCUGGGCGGCUGCCCCAAGGGCCGCAAGCCCUUCGAGUGCAAGGAGUGCAGCGCCGCCUUCUCGGCCAAGCGCAACUGCGUCCACCACAUCUCGAAGCAGCACCUGCACGUGCCCGAGCACGACAUCGAGAGCUAUGUCCUGGCGGCCGGCGGCCUGAGCCCGGCCCACGCGGCUGCCGAGGCCUCGGGGAGGGUCGAGGACGGCGGCGGGACCUUCGGCGAACGUAAACCCCUGGCCCCCUUCCCGGAGCCGCAGAACGGCUUUCUUCACGGGGGCCCCCCCCAGCCUCUGCCUCCCCACGUCUCCGUCAAGUUGGAGCCCGCCAGCAGCUUCCCGGUGGACUUCAACGAGCCCCUGGACUUUUCCCAGAAGGGCCUGGCCCUGGUCCAGGUGAAGCAGGAGAAUGUCCCCUCCUUCCUGAGCCCCUCCUCCUCGGCGCCCUAUGACUGCUCCAUGGAGCCCAUUGACCUGUCCAUCCCCAAGAACUUCAGGAAAGGAGACAAAGAUGUGACUGCUCCCGGCAAAGCCAAGAAGCCUGAGCAGGAACCAGGGAGCGGCGAGCAGCCAUCUCCCUGUCCUCCGCCGUGCCCUACCCUGCCAGUGACCUUGGGGCCCAGCGGAAUCCUGGAAAAACCCGUGGCCUCCGCAGCCACCACUCUGGAAGCCCACGCUCAGCCCCUGCAGGGCUCUGUUCAGCUUGCUGUCCCCAUCUACUCGUCAGCUCUGGUCAACAGCUCCCCCAUCUUGGGCAAUCCCACCCUCAUCAGCAGCCCAGCGGUGUUGCGGCCGCUGCGCCCCAAGCCCCCGCUGCUCUUGCCAAAGCCCCCCGUGACAGAAGAGCUGCCCCCACUGGCCUCCAUCGCCCAGAUCAUCUCAUCUGUGUCCUCGGCCCCCACCUUGCUGAAAGCGAAGGUGGCCGACCCGGGGCCCACGAGCCCUGACAGUAACAGCACAGCUCUGGACAGCUUAGGAAGCGCGGCCCCCAGGGCUGCCGCCGCCCCUGCCAGCACCACCAGCCCAAAAGAAUCCAGCGACCCGUCCCCUCCUGCCAACAGCCCGGAGGCGCCGUCACCCACCGAGCAGGGGCCAGUGGGCUUGUCCAAGAAGAGGGGCCGGAAAAAGGGCAUGAGGAGCCGGCCCCGCUCCAGCAGCGGCGGGGUGGACCUGGACUCCAGCGGGGAAUUUGCCAGCAUCGAGAAGAUGCUCGCCACGACGGACACCAACAAGUUCAGUCCGUUUCUACAGACUACAGAGGAUGACGCUCAGGAUGAAGUGGCCGGAGCCCCCGCGGACCCCCACGGGCCCAGUGACGAAGAGCAGGGCAGCCCUCCUGAAGACAAGCUGCUGAGGGCCAAGCGGAACUCCUACGCCAACUGCCUGCAGAAGAUCAACUGUCCCCACUGCCCCCGGGUCUUCCCCUGGGCCAGCUCCCUCCAGAGGCACAUGCUCACACACACUGGUCAGAAACCCUUCCCUUGUCAAAAAUGCGAUGCCUUCUUUUCUACCAAAUCUAACUGUGAACGCCACCAGUUGCGCAAACACGGAGUUACCAACUGUUCCCUGAGAAGAAACGGGCUUAUCCCCCAGUCAAAAGAGAGUGAUGUUGGACCCCAUGAUAGCACAGAUAGCCAGUCGGACGCAGACACGCCAGCGGCGGGGGGCGAAGUGCUGGACCUCACCUCCCGCGAGAAGGAGCAGCCGACGGCCGAGGGAGCCCCUGAGCCCAGCCAGGUCCAGGAGGAGCUCCCCGCGGAGGACGUGCCGCAGGGAGCGGCCGCGCCCCCCGGGGACGCGGAGGAGCAGGGAGCCGGUGAGAGCCAGGAGCACGACGACAAGCGCGGUGUGGAGGAGAGGGACGAGGACGCGGAGGGCCCGGAGGAAGACACCGUCAGCAACAAGAGCCUGGACCUCAACCUCGCCAGCAGGCUGAUGGGCUUCAAGCUCGCCGAGGGCGACGCGGGCGCGGCGGGCAGCGGGGGCCCCGCCCCGCAGGACCAGAAGCACGCCUGCGACGUCUGCGGCAAGAGCUUCAAGUUCCAGGGGACCCUGAGCCGCCACAGGAAGGCCCAUGGCCGCGAGGAGCCCCGGGAGGACGGCCCGGGCGCCCCCGGAGGAGGGGCCGAGGGCCCGCUGCCCGGCCCCGCUGGGGCCCCCGCGCCCGAGCCGGAGGAGCAGCCGGCCCAGCCCUCGGAGGAGCCGCCGGCGGAAGCGGUGGCCUCGUCGUCGUCGGAGGCGUCGGGGGAGAAGCCGGGCGAGGAGGCGGAGGGCGCCUCGGACGGGGAGAGCGUGGCCGAGAAGAAGUCCUCGGAGAAGAGUGACGACGACAAGAAGCCAAAGACGGACUCCCCGAGAAGCGCGGCCAGCAAGGCAGACAAGAGGAAGAAGGUGUGCAGCGUGUGCAACAAGAGGUUCUGGUCCCUGCAGGACCUGACUCGGCACAUGAGGUCCCACACAGGAGAAAGGCCAUACAAGUGUCAGACCUGCGAGCGAACCUUCACCCUGAAGCACAGCCUGGUUCGCCAUCAGCGCGUCCACCAGAAGGCCAGGCACGCCAAGCAGCACGGGAAGGACAGCGACAAGGAGGAGCGGGGUGAGGAGGACAGUGAGAGCGAGUCCACCCACAGCGGCAACAACCCCGUCUCGGAAAACGAGGCCGACUCAGCUCCACCGGCCAGCAACCACGUGGCUGUCACCCGGAGCCGGAAGGAGAGCCUGGCCAACGCCACCAAGGAUCCCGGCCUCAGGGAGGAGCGGGCGGCAGGGCGGACGGCGGGUGCCGGCCAGGCUGAAGCCGGCAGGAGUGCUCCCAAGGCCGCUCCAGCAGGCAGCCCCAAGGAGCAGGCGUCUCAGGGUGACCCUGACCCGGAGAGCCCGGCGGCCGUCGGGCAGGACCUGCCAGAGCUGCAAGGCAAGAGGCCCGCCCACCCCAUCCUGGCCGCGGACGGUGCCUCGCCACUCCUGGGGAUGGAAUGACAGCCCAUCGUGUCCCCCCCACCAGCACACAGACGAAAGCCAGCAGAGCAGAGUGUCCUGAAUCUGUAUUUCAUGAGGUUUCCCCAGUGCCCUUCAGCUGUAGGGGAGCGAGAGAGAGAGAGACAGAGAGAAUGAGAGACACGAGCAGGAGGGGGCCGUCUCACCCGGUGCCAUAGCCUUACGUCUCUGCGCAGGAGACGCAGCAUGCACACUUCCAGUGCCUUAAGUACUCACCAGCCCUUCGGUGUCAGCCUGGGUGUUGUGUUUCCCCAAAAUGACUUUUUGAAAAACAAAGCAAAUAUUUUAAUGAAUUAUUUGGAGAGGACCUUUUCAUUUAAGCAUUAACGUUACCUUCUGUAUUGGUGUGUGUGAGCUUGUUCUUGCGAAUCUGUGAUAGUAACGUAUGUUCUGUGAGCUGGAAACAGAAGAAAAAAAAAAUAUGCCCUUGGAUACCCAUAGCCAAUAACUGGAAGAAAAUGAUGUGAAUUUCGUGUAAAUUACCAGAGGAACUAUGGAUAAGAUGUUCUUUUUUCUCUCAAAUAGACCUUUUUCUUGUUCUGUUUGCUACCGGCGGAGCUGUAAUUUGGUCCUCGGUAAGGCGGGGUGUGGUUGAUGAAGGUUUCCAAUUUGGUGCCAGCCAAAACCGAGAAAGAUUCGAGCUUCAACCUCGUACGUGUUUUCAGCGUUAGACAUGGUAUUACCGUGCAAGUGUCGAGACAUCCAUUCUUAACUUCCCGAGAAGAGUUAUGCUGGCAACUUUAGCCUAUGGAGAACAUGCACAGAUGUCCUGUAUCUGAUUCCCCCCCUUUUGGUAUAUGUAUUAUUAAUAUUAUUAUUAUUAUUAUUAUUAUUAGUUCAUCAGUUUGCUGGUCUCUGCAGUCAGCAGAAACAAAUGGGCAAUAUUUGUCCAGGGAGACCUGGGCUGCCCCCGGGUCCCUGUGUGGGCAUCUGCCCGCAGCUUUCCUUGCCUCCCCGCCCCCCCACUCCCGGGUGGUAGCUCUUCUACUGUACUUAGACAAGCUUUCUUCCGUGACUGCAGAAUCCAGCGGGGGCCGGGCUCCUGAACGGCCGGCCGAAGAGCAGCUCAGAGAGGGGAGAGCAAGGGUGCACGCACCCGGGGCUUCUGAGAAAGCCAGGCAGCGAGAAGACCUGCCCCUCACCGGUCUUCCUGCCAAACCCAGCCCAAGCCUUACCCGCCUGUGCUACUGUUGUUUGCAAAGCGAGGAAGUAACUACUGCUGGUAAUAAAACUGCACCUGCAAGAUUGGAAGAUGAGAAAUAGAUGUGCAUUUACCUUCCUGUGACUGGGGUUGGUGCUUGAAGCGGAACAUGCUGUUUCUAGUGUUCCUGAAAUAGCCCGAACCCCUGGGUGCGAAAAGGCAGGAAUUUUUUUUUUUUUUUUUUUUUUUUCCCCAUGAGCAUCCCAUGCAGGCGAUAGAAUUCCCUCACUGUAGCCACCAGCAGUGACAAGAAGUAUUGCCCUACUGUAGCUGAGCUUGCGUUCAGCGUCCUGUCCCUCAGCCGAGACCUCUAGGGCACCCGAGCCUUGCGCUGCCAGGGGCCUCCUGUGCUGCUCCACUGGCCAGACCCGCUCGCCUUCCCCUGGCCACCCCUCCUCCCCGCAUCCCAGCCCCUUCCGCCCCCCCCGAAUCUCCCCCCUCUGCCGACACUCACCAACACACACACACACAGACCCUUUUCUCCCCACUUCCUUACCGAUUUCUCGAUUUCUAGUGGCCAAAAUCCCAACUGCCCAGACUUCAAAGAAAGAUGUCUAUUCUUUUGGGAUAACGACGCACGAUCUCUUUGCAUGUGAAAGGAAAAAGGUUGAGGUAUCUAUGACUUUUAACUGUAUUGGGGAUGUCUGAACCCGAGGUUUGAUUUACUCUAGAUGAAUACAAAUCAGAACCAAUGAUCCCGUUAUCACUAUAUACCCAGUGUGGUUUGCUUAGUUAAAAAACCAGUUCGUGCAUCCCUUCAUUUUUUUUUUAUGACGAUUGUUAUUGUUAUUAUUGUUGUUGUUAUUACUUGGGGUAUCUUGUGUUUUGUUUUUCUCUGCAGCUCUCCACACUAAAUGUCGCGACUCUGUGGAGAGAAGCCAUGACUUAGCGCGUGGUGAGAUGUAGCAGGAAUGGGCCCGGCCGCGUGGCCAGGGGCCAUAGCUUGCCAUAAUCACUAUUGAUUUAAAGCUUUAUUUAGCCUCCAUCUGUACCCUCGUAGUCGAUAAGGUCUUGCCACAUUUUAUUAGUGAGGUUGAGAAAUGUAUUACUUGUUUGUCGUUCUCCCUCCCCCCUCCCCCAGUAUUAAACUGUGAAAUUUGUGAUUUGUUUAAACUCUGGGUGAAUCAUAGUUUAGUUUGCAUGUCCAGCUAAUUUGUUUCUAUACAUUUUGUUUGAUUCUCUUUCUCCUUCUCUCAGGGCUUUUACAAAAAAAAAAAAAAGUAUAUAUAUAUAUAUAUCCAUAUAUAUAUAUAUAUGGAUCUUCUGAAAAGUUUUUUGAGGUGCAAGUGUUUCUCUUGUUUUUCUCUUUGAUUUAUGGACACAAUGCUGAGAUUCAAUCACUACAUGAAACCCCUGGCUGUGAACACAAAAUAGAAGCCCCGGGGCUGUUUUCCACACAGCCCCGGGGGAAGCUACGUGACAGUCAGAUGCCAGUUUCAGAAAAGAUGCAUCGUACCUUCUUCCACCCUCUUUGUCUCUGUCCUCUCUUUCUUCAAGAAGGAAGUUGAUCCCAGUGAUUUCAGCCCAUGCAUUAAACAGGAAACAAUAAUAAACGUGUAGAAUUCAUAUUUUUCUAAAGGGAACUUAACUGCUGCUACGUGUUAUGUACAAAACCGGUUUAUGCCACAUGAACAGAAUCACAAGUUUGGUUUUGGUACUUUUGGUUCCUCUUUGUAUUCAGUUGUAUAGUACUUCCAAAUUCAGAAUGAGAAGAAAAGCUGUUCUGUAUCAAACCAUCUAAGCAAUAAAUGUUAUAUUUUAAAAAUGGCAA